AUGUUUCUCAACGGUCCGAAGCUAUCCAAAAGGCUGAUCUAUCCUUCUGAGCGGGACUACAAGGCCGAAGUCAUCGCUGACCUUGACGUGCUCGACAAAGAGCUCCGCUAUUUCGAGUCCCUGUGGGUCAAUGGCGGGCUUUGUGCUAAGAUUGCUGCAGCUGCUGCGUGGUACAAGGAAGAGCCAGCAGUGGUGGCACUCACCAUCGAUCAGAUGUGCUACAUGUUUCUGGCGGUUGAGAACAGCAUGCUGACAGGAAAAGCCAGCCUCACUGCUGACAGCAGCGUCAACAUGAGGGAGAUGGACAAGAGGCAGGAUCAGAUUCUGAACUGGCUGAAAAAGGCAGGGAUAAGGCGAAGACAGCAGAGAUCCAUAAGCUGCAUCAGGAGCUGGAGGGAGGAGAGAACCCUUGCAAUCCCUGCCUUGCUUGCUGCUCACCGCUCUGCACCACUCACCACCACUCAGUCUCGUUCUCAACCCGCCCCCCUUUACCCCGCCCCCCAUCAGCGGGACAUGGAGGAUUCGAAGACGGCAGAGAUUCACAAGCUGCAGCAGGAGCUGGAGGGAGCAAUGAAGAAGGUGGAUGAGGCACACGCAGAAACCCUAGCAGCCAAAGCAGAAACCCAAGCAGCUAAAGUGGAGAUUCUAGUAGCCAAGGCAGAGACACAAGCAGCCAAGGCAGAGAUUCUAGUAGCCAAGGCAGAGACACAAACAGCGAAAGCAGAGACACAAGCAGCGAAAGCAGAGACACAAGCAGCGAAAGCAGAGACACAAGCAGCCAAGGCGGAAAUCCAAGUAGCCAAGGCAGAGACCGAGAGGCUGUCUCUUAGAAUGGCGACAGUGGAGGCGGAGGUGAGGGAGGAGAUUGGCAAGAGGGAGCGGCUGCUGGAGGAGACGCGGGAGGAGCUCAGGAAGGUGCAGGAGCUGUGCGCGCGAUUGGAGGAGCAGGUGAAGAGUGCGGAGCAGGAGAACCGGGUGCUGCGUCAGCAGGCCUUGACAGCAGCCAUGCCAGCUCCUGAAGCUCCUGAAGCACCUGAAGCACCUGAAGCUCCUGAAGCGCCUGACGCACCUGAAGCACCUGGAGCACCUGAAGCACCUGCAGCACGGCAGACUAUGCUGCACCCACCGGAACCCCCUCAGGGUGCCCCUGCCACGCCCAGUGAGGAGGAGAGCGAGCGGUUGAAGCAUCUGAAUGAUGUUGAGACGAAAGACCAGGAGGCUCGUCGCUGCCCUGAGCAGCAAGACCGGGAGGCUUUUGGCUGCCCUAACCCGCAAGACCGGGAGGCUCUUUUACAGGUGAUAGUGAGCGAGCUGGGAUUCGACGGAAACCAGCCGGUGGUGGCGUGUGUGACGUACAAGGCGCUGCUACACUGGCGGUCGUUUGAGGCGGAGCGCACGAGCGUGUUCGACCGCAUCAUCCUGACGAUUGGCGGGGACAUCGAGAACCAGCAGAGCAACGAGAGGCUGGCCUACUGGCUGGCCAACACGAGCUGCCUGCUGUUCCUGCUGCAGCGGAAUCUCAAGCUGAGAGAGUCACCGGGGUCGCAGGCGCAGAGGAGGAGAGGCGGGAUGCAGCAGACCACCCUGUUUGGCCGCAUGACCCAGAGCUUCCGAGGGUCACCCACGACGCCCGCAGGGGUGGUGGGGGCGAGCGAUGGCCUGGAGCACAUCCCUCAGGUGGAUGCCAAGUACCCGGCGCUGCUGUUCAAGCAACAGCUGACAGCGUGUGUGGAGAAGAACUAUGGGAUGAUUCGAGAUAAUAUCAAGAAGGAGAUUUCGCCCACCCUCGCUCAGUGCAUUCAGGCGCCGCGCAUGUCUCGGUCGGCCUACGGGCGGCACUCGUCGCACAGCCCGGUAACCACAGCCACGCACUGGGGCAGCAUCAUCGCCACACUGACCACGCUGCUGACAACGCUCAAAGCCUCCCAUGUGCCGUCCUUCCUCGUGCGCAAGCUGGUCACUCAGAUCUUCUCCUUCAUCAACGUGCAGCUCUUCAACAGUCUGCUGCUGCGUCAUGAGUGCUGCUCCUUCAGCAACGGCGAGUACGUGAAGGCAGGCCUGGGCGAGUUGGACCACUGGCUGCACGAGGCGACCCAUGAGUACACGGGCAACGCAUGGGAGGAGCUUAAGUACAUCCGCCAGGCUGUCGGCUUCCUGGUGAUUCAUCCGAAGCCCAAGAAGAGCAUGCAGGAGAUCACAUGUGAACUCUUGUAUGAUUUCCCCUCCUCCCCACAUGCGCCCAUGUGCGGCUCUACCAGCGGCAGCGAAAUUUUCUUCCAUCCACUGCUAAUGUGCCACCAGGUGAUUCGCCAGAAGCCGAAGAUGAGCAUGCAGGAGAUCACCUUAGACCUCUGCCCGGCACUGAGCAUCCAGCAGCUGUACCGCAUCAGCACCAUGUACUGGGAUGACAAGUAUGGCACCCACACCGUGUCGAAUGAAGCCAUUUUGGAGAUGCGGCGGCGCAUGAGCGACGAGAACAGCGUUUCUCUCACCAACUCGUUCUUGCUGGGCGAGGAUUCAUACACAAUCAUCCCAUUCCCUGUUAAGGACAUAUCAGAACUAGCAUCCCAUUCUGUGAAGGACAUGUCAAAGAGCACCCACGAGAUUAGCCUUCCUUCUCUCUCACACGUCUCCCUUGUAACCCUCUCCUCUUUCCUCCCCCCACUUUCUCCCAACUCACCCCAGCAUCCCAUCCCCUUCACUGUGGAGGACAUCUCAAAGAGCACUCACGAGAUUGACCUGCGGUCGCUGCAGCUGCCACCAGCCAUUCGAGACAACAGCACCUUCCAUCCCACCCUCGGCCCCAUGUCUGUAAUUUCCCCGGCGGAGCUCAAGCAGGCUCCCGCAACCACUCUCCCCACCGUGCCUGAGCCCGCCGUUGCUCCCGCCGAUCCGCCCGCCCCUGCUCCCGCCGCGUCCACCCCCGCUGAUGCCGCCCCGACUGAGCCCGCCGCUGCUCCCGCGGAGCCCCAGCAGCACCCGUCCGCGGAGGAAAUGGCGCAAGGGCCUGUCAUGGAGAACAGCGAUCCCACCUUCUUGGGAAUGCCGCUGCAGCAGAUUAAGAUGAUCUACCACCACGCCGUGACUCAGUCCACGCGGCUCGCGCUGCCGCUUCUGGCGGCGGUCGCGGUCCAGCUCACGCGCAACGUGGAUUUCCAGGCGCUCUGGGAGCAGCUUCUCACGCUCGACACGUCCUACCUCGUCGCCGCGUUCUCCGCCGCUCUUUUCGCCGUCACCGUGUACGUGCUGACGCGCCCGCGCCGCGUGUUCCUCGUCGACUUCGCGUGCUACCGCCCCCCCGACCACCUCGUUAUCACCAAGGACGUGGCCGUCGAUCGCGUCAAGAAGCUCGGCUACUUCGACGAGAAGUCCGUCGAUUUCCAGACAAAGGUCUUCUUCCGCUCCGGUCUCGGUGACCGGACUUACAUUCCCCCUUCCAUGCACACGUGGCCGCCUUCCCCGUCGAUCGCCAACGCACGAUUGGAGGCUGAGAUGGUGAUUUUCGGCGCGAUGGAUGAGCUCUUCGCGAAGACCGGCGUGAAGCCCCAGGACAUCUCUAUUCUGAUCGUUAACUGCACAGUUUUCUGCCCGACACCGUCGCUCUCGGCUAUGGUGGUUAACCACUACAAGAUGCGCGAGGACAUCCAGUCGUACAAUCUGGGCGGCAUGGGUUGCAGCGCGGGCAUCAUAGCCGUCAAAAUGGCUCAAGAUCUGAUGCAGGGCCAGGCGAACAAGAACAAGCUCGCGGUGCUUGUCUCGACCGAGAACAUCACCCUGAACGCGUACCUCGGGAACCGUCGCUCGAUGCAGGUUACCAACGUGUUGUUUCGCAUGGGCGGAUCCGCGGCGCUGAUGUCGAACAAGCCGAUCGACGCGUGGAAGGCCAAGUACGAGCUUAAGACUGUCGUGCGAACCCACAUGGGAGCGGACGACAAGUGCUACAAGUGCAUUCACCAACAGGAGGAUGAGAAGAAGAUCGUAGGCGUGAUGCUAUCUCGCGAGCUUAUGAGCACUGCCGCGAAGGCUCUUAAGGCGAACGUGAGGACGCUCGGCCCGCUCGUGCUGCCGCUUUCCGAGAAGCUGCUCUUCGCUGCGGCGUACGUCGCGCGGCGCGUGUUUAAGAUGGAUAUUAAGGAGUACACUCCCGACUUCAAGCUCGCCUUCGAGCACUUCUGCAUCCACCCCGGAGGACGCGCGCUUCUCGACGAGGUCCAGAAGGGUCUCCGCCUCACGCAGCUCAACAUGGAACCGAACCGUAUGACUCUGUACCGCUUCGGAAACCUCUCGUCCGCGUCGAUCUGGUACGAGCUGUCGUACGUCGAGGCGCAGGAUCGCGUGAAGCGCGGCGACCGCGUGUGGCAGCUGGCGUUCGGCAGCGGGUUCAAGUGCCAAAGCGCCGUGUGGAAGGCGCUGCGCACCGUGCCUGGCGCGAAGAACCCCGGGCCGUGGGCCGAGGCUGACGGCUACGUUCCCCCUCCUCCGGUCGAGGCUCUCGAGAUGGAUCCCGAGCCCCACCACUAG